AAAAAAAAAAAAAGAAGUGAGAAAUAUCACUGGACAGAUAUGUGAAUCAAUUUUAUACGAUUACGAAAAUUUCAGUGCCAAGAGCACGAGAAAUAAAAUUUCUGUUUCAUUGGUUUCUCGAUAUUCUGAAUACGCUUGUUCAUGAAUAUGAAUUAUGAAUACUCAAAUCAAGACGUGCGUAUUAUAAUAUUGCUUCAACCUUCUGUCACCUUCUCCACGUAUCAUCUCCGAGUAUUAUAUUAUAUUUUAUCAUCCAGAACUGAUUCUUCAAAGAUGUUCCACAUAUUCGUUAAUAUCCUAUAUACUUUUUCAUAUUGCUAUUAUUCUCUGUUUGUUGUUACACUUUGCCUAUUUAUUUUAAGAUUAAAAACUAUCUAUACGUACACUGUGUAUCUUACAUACAUCUAUUACAUACAUCUAUUCUCGCUCUGUCAUUAACUUUCACACCUCCUUACAAUAAUCGAAUAACAUAACAUAAUGUUGACUGGUGUUGACAAGACUUGAAUUUAUAAAUUGUUCGUAGUAUUUUGCUAUUGAGUUUGUUUGCUUAAUGACUAUCGCACCCUAUGUAGAGAUUAUGAUCAACCUUUAACAUCGCCAAGUGAUAGAUCACCAAGUCAAAAUAGACAAUAUACAUUAUUUCUCUCUCAAUAUCUAUAUUAAAAUGAUUUCAUUUGUAACACGACAGUACAUUAGGACGUUACGAGAGCAAAUCUACGAAGCACGGGACAUGAGAGGAGUACCGUUAUUGGUAGUCGGGAACAAGCAAGACGAAUUGUCGCCCGCGGCUGCUUCCGGAACUCGCUACAGGGACAUCGUUAAUCUCGUUCGGAAGCACUGGCGAUGUGGCUACGUCGAAUGUAGCGCCAGAUUUAACUGCCGUGUUGUACAGGUAUUCCGCGAAUUGAUGAAAAGUAUCCAAGCCGUAGAAGGUAGACCACCUUCGCCUACUCCAGCACCCUCGCAACCUCUACGAUCUCAUUCGCAUGAUACCAGCGAAAAAUGUAUUCUUCUCUGACAUUGAAGCCAGAAAAUCAACGUACUCGACUUCUGCGAUCACAUCAUCAAAGGAAGUUGCUUCUACCCAUACCAUGACACAGGGUCGUAGUUUAUUUGAACUGAAGGCGAGAAACAAACGUUCACAAAAAAUGCGAAAGUUCAAUUCCAUCGAGAACCCAACCAAUUAUUCUCUCGGCAUUUCUUUAAACCGAGUUGUAAUCCGGAGUAAACGGGAGCUGUUUUGGUUCAUUAACACGACAAUGAUUGUUCGAGAUUUUUCGUGAAAAGCACGGCCACCUUUUUCCAAAUAAACGAAGAUCCUAGAUUUAAUAUAAUUAAUAUAGUUUUUCGUAAAUUUAAUCCCAUAAGUACAAACUAAAAACGAGUAACGAGUAAUUUCGUUCUUAUUUCUUUCUGUCAAUUUCAAUGUUUGUAAUAAUCGUUUGAUUCACUUUUCGUGGAUGAUUUCUCGUAGUUCACGAAUUACCAGUAUUACAAAGAGUAAGAAAUUAGUGUUGAAGGAAAUAUAUAUAUAUAUA